AUGACUCUGUCAAAAGCACAAAAAGACCGCAUAAUGCAAUUGAAUGCUCUAGAUGAACUAAGAAAGAUGGUUGUCCAGCAUACAGAAAUUAUUCAACAUCAACGUGCUAAAUGGCAUGAUAAAUAUAUUAAGGAGAGAAAGUUUAAAUCUAGAGAUUGGGCAUUGUUAUAUGAUUCCAGAUAUAAGGAUACAAUGGGGAAGCUACAAACACGUUGGUUGGGCCCAUGUGAGAUUGUUGAAAUUUUUCAAAAUGGAGCAGUUUGGUUGGCAACAAUAGACCUAGUUAGAUUCAAACUUUUGGUCAAUGGUCAUCAACUAUGUCUUUAUCAUAAGCCUGCAACAAAAGAGGACUUCCUGCAGCAAUUUAACAACAAAGCGCAUACCAAAGUUCCUGCAGCCUCUGCAGGGGGGCUUCUUGGCCCAGCGUCUUAA